AUGACACUUACCACGUUAAAUCUUUCAUUCAAUCAAAUCGAAGCUGUUGGAGCACAGCAUAUAGCAGAUGCAUUACGAAAUAAUACGAUACUAACCACAUUAAUUCUCGGGUGCAAUGAAAUCGGAGCCGUUGGAGCAGAGCAUCUAGCGAAUGCAUUACGACAUAAUAUGAUACUUACCUUAUUAAAUCUCGGCAACAACGAAAUCGGAGCUGUUGGAGUACAGCAUGUAGCAAAUGCAUUACGAACUAAUACGAUACUUACUGCAUUAGAUCUCAGCAACAAUGAAAUCGGAGAUGUUGAAGCACGGCAUAUAGCAAAUGCAUUACGAAGUAAUAUGGUAAUUAUCAUUCUCGUCCUCAUCUAUUUCAUAUUUCCAUCUACACGUUGUCACACAGACGCUUACCAAGUUAAAUUUCUUGGACAAUAA